AUGAAUAAUUUAACAAAAACUGUUCAUCAGUGUUGUGUCUGCCACAAAAGUUCCAGACACGAAAAAAGAACCCUUAGUUUUUUCCGGUUUCCAAAGGACGAAAAACGGUUUGCAGAGUGGAAAGCAGUUCUUCAGUUGGAAAAAUUUGCUUCUUUCAGUGCCAAAUACUGCUAUGAGCACUUCAGGAUUUGCAGUAAUCAUUUUGAGGAUAAGAUGUUUGCAGGCAUGGGAAAAAAUAGACUGAAAAAGGAUGCAGUUCCUAAACAGUUGCCAAGACCAGAUAGGAAAUCUUUAUUUUUGGAAUCUGUUGGAGAGCCAGAACCAGUUGCUAGUACCUCACAAAAACACAUCAGCACAGAAUUUGAAAAAUACCUUACUGAUUAUCCUGGUAUUUCAAAUAUAGUCCACGUUGAUGUAACGAGAAUAAAACAAGAAGACUGA